CUCCCUCGGCGUCCCAGCGGCGACGCCAGACGGCUCCGAGCGCGUCGGGGGCCACAGCCUUCGCCCCACUGGGGCGCAAGGCCUGGCACGCCUCGGAGUCGACCUGUGGGCAAUUCAACUCCUGGGGCGCUGGGGCUCAUCCGCCGUCCAGGGGUGCGUGCGGGAGGCAUCGCUGGACACGGCCGCUGAGUGGGCCAGGCGCGCCGGCAGCAGCCUCGACCUCGAGUCUGUGCUGGGCCAGGUCGCGGACCUGCUAUCCGAGCUCGGGGAGCUCCGCCGCGGCCGGCCGACCCCGGAGGAUCUCGUCGACAUGGUGCUCGGCGAGGUGCGUUCCGAGCUGGGGCGCCAGUCGCUACGCUGCGAACUACAGGAUGCGGUGAUUCGCCGAGAGGCGGAUGAGCAGCUGACGUCCACCUGCGCCAGCAGGAGCAGCCCGGUCGGGAAGGUGCUCAACCGCGAGCCCGGCGUCCUGCACGCUGUCCUCGUCGGGCCGCCCUCCAUGCCCGCGGCUGCCUGGGUGACGCGGUGUGGCUGGAGGUUCGGGCUGGCUGCGCACGCCAUGGCCCCGUGUGAGCACCGAGUCGCAUGCGCCCGUUGCUUCAGGGGCUGCGUGGAAGUGCCGGGCGGCGGGGGCGAUCGGGGGCCGGAGCCUCCACCGAGAGGGAUGGAGCGCCGCGCGCCCGGCAUGCCCGUCGAUUUGGCAUUCGGAAAAUGA